GCGCCGGGUGCCACGACAGUCGCAUCGAGUCGAGUUCGCGCGCGCGUGCGUGCGUUUUUUGAAAAAAAAAAAGAAGGAAAAAUCCCGAAACAGACUUCACAGCCGCACUUUGUCUACUCGAUAAGACGAACGUGACGAAGAAGACAGGGAGGAGGAUGGACUAGGGGCAAAUUUUGUGGCGGAAGGCAGAAGUACGGCGAGUUUUGCGCGCCAAAGUUUUACCUCGUACAGUGAGAGAACGUUGUCGGGUAUCGGGAUCUUCGUUCUCCAGGAGACAACGUCCGCAGGCAGAAGAAGAGUGGAAAAGCAGAGGAAUCAGCGAAAGUCAAUCGCUCCGAUCAAUCUGCUUGCGUCCCCCCUCCCUCCACCUACCCACCCACUUACUCACUCGCCCGUGUCGAGUAAAACUCCAUGAAACGCUACAAUGUGCUGUGUGUGUGAUGUACGGUGCAGUGUGUUGGUGCUAACUUAGUGAUAACGAUAUUCCCCCUCUCCUCCGUCGCGACUACAUCCGCGGAACCGACAACAAACUAGUCGUCCUGUUAUCUCAACCGGGGAUUGCCGCCGGGAGAUAAGGACGGAGGCCAGGAAGAGGUUUCUUUCGCUCAGCAAAUCAGACCAAGAUUACCUAUGAUCCCACUGGGCGUCGCGAGGACGACGGAAAAGGAAGAGAGGCGCUUUUGGCAGUACUCCUAAUCUUCCUCCCGGACCUGCCCGCCCGUUCUCUCUUCUCUCUGUACUCCGCUCCCUCUCUUUCCUCCCCCCUCGCGCGCCUCCUCUUCCCGCUGUUACUCCUCCACCUGCUCGUUCCUCGGCGAGCGAUCGCGACGCACCAAGAUCCCGUUGGACACGAUGGACAUGAGCAGCGAGUCGAGUGCUAGGACGUGGUAUGAGACGCCCAGGCUGGAGCCGCCUUCGGGGGGUGCCGGGGUGGCCGGAGUGGUCGGCAACGAUUACAGGGGUUACUACCCUCACACCGGACCGACGGCGCAUCACCCCGCAGCUGCGGCCCACUACGCCCACACAAGGAUGUCGAACAGCGGCGUGUCGAGCGGUCCUGUGAGCCAAGUCUGCCGGCCGCACUUCCACACCUCGGUUCUCCAUCCAUGGCUGUCCAGCAGCAGCGCGGACACCUCGAAGACACCCUGGGGAUUCCCCACGACGACGACGACCACGAGCGGCACUGUGAACGACGAGAAGCCGCAGAGUCCCCUGGGAUCCUCGCUGCCGACCACCACCGGAAGUCUGUCGAGUCACGGUGGCGGAGGCGGCCACCAUCUCUUCUCCUUUCCGCCGACACCGCCCAAGGACGCUACGCCCGACAGCAUAACCGCCAGCACGACCUCCAGCACGAACAACAACAAUUCGACGAGCGCCAAUAACAAUAACAGCGGUAAUCCUCUCUCCGGAUUGGGCGGCGGUACCACCAGCGAGUACCAGGCGGCGGUCGCACACGCGGCGGUAAUGGGCGCGUUCAUGCACCAUCAGGACGCGCUGGGCGCAUCCGGCGCCAGCUCGUGCGACAUCAAGCCGACGGUGAUGCUCAGCCACCAUCACGGGGCACCCUCGCCGCCGCAUCAGCAACACAACGGCUCCAACAACGGCAGCAACGGUCCCGCCGGCACGAACGGCUCGUCGGCCGGCCAGGUGAAGCAGCGUGAAGAGGGUCGCGAGUGCGUGAAUUGCGGCGCCACGUCGACACCCCUUUGGAGACGAGACGGCACCGGGCACUACCUCUGCAACGCCUGUGGGCUUUACUACAAGAUGAACGGUCAGAAUCGACCCCUCAUCAAGCCGAAACGCCGCCUGUCGCUGCAGAGUGCGGCGAGACGGGCGGGCACCAGCUGCGCCAACUGCAAGACGGCGACCACGACUCUCUGGCGGAGGAACCAGGCCGGCGAGCCGGUCUGCAACGCUUGCGGGCUCUACUACAAGUUGCACAACGUGAACCGGCCGCUGACGAUGAAAAAGGAGGGCAUCCAGACGAGAAACAGGAAGCUCUCGUCGAAAAGCAAGAAGAAGAAGGCCGGCGGCUGCCUGGGCCUCGGUGGUGUCAUGGGUGACAUGAUCAAGGCCAGCGGACACCUUGAUCUCGACAACAAGCCCUUCCACUCGGGAUUCGGUUCGCCGAUGGGUACGUCGCAGCAUCAUCACACGAUGCAUCCGGCGAUGCAGCAUUACAUGUAUCACACGGGUGUCGGCGUGGCCGGAGGUCUUCAUCAGGGAUUUGCGCCACCGGCGCCGCCCCCCAUCCACCCGCACUCGCAUUCGCAUUCCCAUUCUCAUCACAUGACGAGUCUUCAGGGUCUGCAGCUGGCGGCCACGACGAACGCAAUGACCGGCUGGCGAUCGGAGUACACAUGAAUCGCGAGUGACUAGCAGCUCAGGACGCAGCCCACCACUGUCUCGUUGUAAAUGUAAAAAGAAAGGAGAAAAAAAUCCCCCAGAAAAAAAAAAGAAAAACUAAACGUUAAACACGAAAACCGCUCCUCUUCUCUUUCUCGCACGCGUCCCGCCCCAGCCAAGAGGGAGGGGGAGGGCCACGAUCGAUCACUGACGACACGAAAAUCCCGACGCACGCGGGAUCCACGGGGACUUCACGGGUCCUUGUGCACAGCCGUGAGAGCGCCCGUCGGAUCUCUCUCAAAGUGAAAGCUCAUGUAAAUAUGUAAAGUUUCAUGUAGGGCCAUCGAGCCCCGGCCCCAAGUACAAAGGAAAAAUCA